GGCGGCUUUCUGGGACAGCCAUUUCUGAUCCAAGCCGGUGUUAAGCCGGCUGUCUGAGGACAAACCGGAGCCGCUCCACCUCCGCUCGGCACCGGACGGCAGCGGCAUGGCGCUCUGGGGAGCCUGCCUGCUCCUCUGCCUCCUCUCCCUUGCCCAGGUCUCCGGUCAGCAAACCACCAAAAUCCGGCAAAAGCCAGUGGCUUCCAAGAAAGAUGGUGUGACCCUCAAAAUGAUUGAAGACCUGAAGGACAUGAUUGACAACAUCUCUCAGGAGGUCGCUCUACUGAAGGAAAAGCAAGCACUCCAGACAGUUUGCCUGAAAGGCACCAAAAUUCACCUAAAAUGCUUUCUUGCAUUUUCGGAGACCAAGACGUACCACGAGGCCAGCGAAAACUGCAUCUCGCAGGGCGGCACGCUCAGCACCCCCCAGAGCGGGGAGGAGAACGAUGCCCUCUACGACUACAUGCGCAAGAGCAUCGGCUCCGAGGCGGAGAUCUGGCUGGGCCUCAACGACAUGGCGGCGGAGGGCAAGUGGGUCGACAUGACGGGCGGCCCCGUCCGCUACAAGAACUGGGAGACUGAAAUCACCACCCAGCCCGACGGCGGCAAGCUGGAAAACUGUGCGGCCUUGUCAGGGGCUGCUGUCGGCAAGUGGUUUGACAAGAGGUGCAGAGACCAGCUGCCCUACGUCUGCCAGUUCAUGAUCGUGUAG